UCCCAUCGGCUUCGUGUGACUCGGAGUUGAAGCCUCCACCGUUCCACUCCUUUUUCCUCGUUCAAUAUUCCAAUCAAGCCGUCCUGCACCCCCGAAAACCCAUUCCCGUCGACUCACAAGGGGUGAAAAAUCUCACCAGUUUCCCGGUGCGUCCCGAGGCCAGAGGACGUGAGCAACAGUGGAAUCAACACUUUUCGCAAGUAGAAACAGGAAUUAAUACGUCAUGCGGAUCAAGGACGUUCUCGCACCAGUCGUCAUCCACCCUGGAUUGAAUAACAAUCAAAUCGAGCGUCAGAGUCACGACAAUCAGUCAAUUCCAUCGACAUCCGAUCAACUCGAGAACUUCAACAGCCCCACCACAAAGCCGGUGCCCUACGACGAGAAUUACGAGAUCCAAGAUUUCCGAAUCGCCGAGGACACAACAACCUGGUCCUCAGUGGCUGUUGCCCGCACAAACGUCAACGUUAACUCGAAACAUCUCAAUAGCAUAAUAAACAACAACAAUCUGUCAGUGUCGAGAUUAUCAUUGAGCAGUUCCGCCGAGAGUUUAUCGGAUUACGAGGCGCACGAGUUGUCUGGCGGUUCCGACUGCUCGGAUAAUUCUGAAGAGGGUAGCGUGCCUGGUUCGUGUCGGGGAAUUAUAAAUCCGAAUUAUCCAGGGUUCCAGCACUUGGCCCCCUCGUUUCUAUCAAUUUUCGGCGGCGAGGAGCAGCCGCCAGACAGUCGGCAUUCAUCUCCCCGGAUUGACGAGGAGAAUUUCGAAAAAGAAGAGGGACAGAAUAAUAAUCAGGAUCAUUCGGUUGGGGACAGUGUCAAUCGACUGGACGGACGAAAAUCGGAGCACAAGUUCUUUUACGAGAAGCCUAAGUUGAAUAUUCAGACCGUAACUUCCUACUACGAGGGCUUCGUAUCCCCCUCGGAAAAGUGCCUCAAUUAUGUAAAAAGCAUUGGAGACACGCACACCGAUAUACAAGAGACCUCCGCGUCCGAGAACGACUCCGCACUGCGUGAGGAGCACCAGACACACUGGAAUAAUAUUCCCGUGGAGAUUGAGUUUGCCGAGUUACAAUCGAGUUCCACUGAACGACCGCAAUUUGCGCAAAUUGAGGAAAUACCACCCGAGAGUGCGGGAAAAAAUCCAGAGCAAGACAGUGAGACCGAGGAACAGGUGAUUGAGCGCAUCGACGUGAUCCCCGAGUCGACGGAAAUACCGGUGGAAAGAAAAACUGAGGAGUCGGAGACUAAUACAGACUCGGAGGGUUUAUCUGAGGAGCAAUUGCCGUACAAGAAACUGGAGGAGAUUGAUCUGCUGUCGAGCAUCGGUCGGGACAUUGGGGUUGAUCUUGAGAAGUACGUUCAACCAGUGCCCGACGUGGUGGCUAUGGAGGCGGUGGAUGUCCACUCGCGACCACUUCCCGGUCUGGUGAAAGACACGCUGAGGGAGGACACCAAUAAACUUGUGGAUCUUACUCAAGACGCGGAACUCAGUGUCGAUUGCCGGAAGAAGGAGAAAAUGGUGAGGAAUCAGGCGAGGAGGCGCCAGCAGGGACAUGGACCUCAGCGACACAGUGGGAGGACGGACAAGAGGAGGAUGGAGCAAGUGGAGAGGGCUGGUGGUUUCGACGUUUACAACAUAGAGACAGCGAUGCCAAAAAUUGAUCUCGACGCCAUAGAGUCACAUCUGCGAGCGGCGCGGGAGGAGGAGCGUCGACGUCGAAAUGAUCGCGAGGAAAUCCGAAGGCGUCUGGCCAUGGGACCGGAUGCAGACGAUAUUCGAUUGGAACGCGGACGAAAGCCAAGUCUACAAUCACGCCUACAGAGUGGCAUGAACCUACAGAUUUGCUUCAUGAACGAAACCCCGUCUGACACAGAGUCGCCGAAUUCGGACUCUGAUUCACCGCUGAAUGCUAAACAGAGCCAGGGCAAUGGGUAUCAGUCGAGUGGUGCUGCCAGGCCUCAGGUCCUCAGUCUUCCGCCGUUGAGACUGGAGACGGAUAUAUCGAGUGCACCACUCGAUGAGGCGGAUUUCUUUGCGAGACAGGCGAGACUGCAGACAGAGGCCAGGAUGGCGUUGGCUCAAGCCAAGGAGAUGGCACACAUGCAGAUGGAGGUCGAGAGACAGAGACUGAAGCAGAGCCCCAUUACUGAGAUGGUUCGGUGCAGUUUGGAGAAGGUUGGUGUGCAAUUAGGUGAGACCAGACGAAGAUUAUCCCGCGCACUUCUCACAGAAUUGAAUGUAGCCCAGCUCCAAGUAAUAGCGAACGAUCUUCACGCUAGAAUUGCGGUAUUAAACGAGGCCCUCGUGGAGGGCCUCCUCAGAAGAGAUGAUCUUCACAUGGAGCAGGACUCUAUGCUCGUUGACGUCGAGGACUUGACCAGAUACCUGGGAGCCAAGCAGGAGACAUUCAAGAAACGAAGUGGCAAGGAGCCAGUGAAGAAUCAGGGAAAUCAGUUGAGACAAAUUGUGCCAUCGAUGAAAACGAGAUUCAGUCAUCGGGCUCUCGUGGGUUUCGUGAGGAAGUAAAUCAUCGGAUGCUGCACAACUCGAAGUUGAAGACAAAUUAAACAUCUUUCCACGUACAUCACGCGUAUUUAAAUCACCGAGAACAAAAUAUUGAAUUUUCGAAACUAAUGAAAAUCGAUUUUUACAGCUUUCUCAACAAUUUUAUCGGCGACUACUAGAGCUUAGAGGAAACGAGUGACGUAUUUCUUAUUGUAUCCUACGAUUCAUGACGAUAAAUCGGUACACGUAACGUUUUAUUCCCCCCAUGGCCGUGCAUGUGUCUUUUAAAUUAUUCGCCUCUCAAAUUAAACGAAAAUCCAUCAAUGAUAAUCAUUGAAUUUUUAGAAUUGCGGAGAUAUAGAUCUCCGUUGGUGUAUAUAAUGUUACGAGUUAUUUAAAAAAAUGAAUCAAUACGUAAUACAUUUCGCGUGAGACUUUCAUCACCAAUUAACGAGUUUACAGUGAGUCCUAGUCGCAUUAACGACGUAGAGAAGCAUUUUUUUCUUUCUCCGAGAAUUAUAUUGAAUCUGUAGUGAUUAACGAACAAACGACAAUUUCCAAUAAAUCCAUAAAAUGCUAAUUAUACAAAUGAAAAAAGAAUUUGCAUAUUAUCUACAAAAUAGUUUUAAUCGUAAUAAUAAUUGAUAUUAUACAGAUUGUAAAUAACUAAACAAUAAAAUAUGGUGUAACAAG